CCGGGGGUGCAUUUCAAGCAUCUUGAUUAGACAAUAAGGUAUAUAGUAGCGACCGUGGUGACACCGUGGGUGUCUUGUAUGCUCCAAACAAGUUUAACCGUGGCAAACAAAUCAGCCUGCAUUUCCCAGCCCAUGCUCCGCCCAAUUGCAACGGGUAUCAGCCCUGCACUCGCCAACGCGAGUGCACCUCCUUAUAGCAAUUUAUCCCAGCAGAAAAUCAAACCCAACUCAGAUCAACGGCCCAUGCUAAUUCCCGAUAACAAAUCAUCUGCGGCACCGCAAGGAAAAGGUCAAGUAACCGGAUGGAAACAAACACAAGGAAAAAAAGGGGGGAGAGAAGAAAGGAAAUAUUCUAGAUCGUGGAAGAAAAAGGACAUGAGAAAAAAAAGGCCUGCUGCGUAUAAUUCCGAUUUGUAAUCGUGUCACGGAAACGCAGGAAAAAGAAGUGAAUCAUCAAGAACCAAACCCCAGCUGGUAUCUGAGCAGAAAAAGCCAUGCCGAACAGAAAAGGAAAUCAAACAACAUCGGACCAACUCCCUAGUCUAGCGAGAGAUAAGAAGGAAAUGGGUAAUCAAAACCAAAAAGGAAAAACCAAAUCACCAACCAGCAAAACAACCGGUACCUCUAUGGUCAUAAACUUGGGUAAUAAAGACAUCACUAGCAACCCUCCGAGCCGUUGUACCGUGUCUUGCCUGUCCAGGGGAAUCUGAGAAAAAAAA